AUGUCGCUCGAAGAGGCGGCGCUCGGCGUGAUCCGGAUCAUCAACUCCAACAUGUCGCUCGCGAUCCGCGCCAACUCGGUCGCCAAGGGCGUCGACCCGCGGGACUAUGCCCUGGUCGCCUUCGGCGGCGCCGGGCCGCUGCACGGUGUGGCACUUGCGCGCUCGGUCUUCGCGCGCGAGGUGAUCGUGCCGCCGGCGCCGGGCAUCAAUGCCGCGACCGGGCUGCUUGCCACCGACAUGCGCUACGAGUUCACCCGCUCGGUGCUCUGCGUCCUUACCAAGGCGGGCCAGGACGAGAUCAACAGCCUGAACGCCGAGACCGAAACCCUUGUGCAACGGGCGCGCGACGCCCUGGCAGCGGAUGGCGUAGCGCCCGAGAACCAGCGCGUCGUCAGGAUCGCCGAGUGCCGCUAUCAGGGGCAGGGCUUCGAGCUUCGCGGCACCAUGCCGGACGCCCCGCUGACGCUGGAUAACCGGGCAGAGCUCCUGGCGAGCUUCCAUGAGCGGCACCGGCAGGAUUACGGCCACGCCUUCGAAGACCAGGAGGUCGAGGUCAUCACGCUUCGGGUCGUCGCCUCGGCCGGAAUCGGCGCGCUCAGUUGGCCGGAAUCACCGGCGGGCAGCGGACGCAACCCGGAAGAUGCGUUGCUCUAUCGCCGCGCCACCACCUUCGACGACGGCCGUACCUACGAAACGCCGCGCUUCGACCGAGGCAAGCUCAAGGCCGGCCAGCAUAUCGACGGCCCGGCCAUCGUCAUCCAGACCGAUUCGACCACGAUCGUGCCCCCCGGCUACGAAGCGACGGUCGCGCAAUCGGGCAAUCUACACGUCAGGGAGGUCGCCGAGUCAUGA